CUUACUCUUUUGACUUUGAUUUUGCUUACUUCUUUGGUUCUCUGCUUCCAAGUCUUCCGAGUCUUCCAUUUCCCACUUCCCACUUCCCACUUCCAUUCAUUCACUGCUUUUCUCUUCAAAUUUGCUCUGAGAGUGUUUAGGAAGAAGUGGUAUGUAGCACUGGUUCAUGGGCUGCUUUCAGUCCAAAACUGCUCACCUCGCUUCCCCUGACCAGGAUCCUCCUCUCGCAGAUCCAGCUAAUGGGGAAGAAGAAGAAGAACAACAACAUGGAGUCCCAGCAUUCAAAUAUUUCGUCCUUGCUGAUCUCCAAGCGGCCACAAAUGGGUUCAGCCCCGCAUUGAUAGUCUCUGAGAGUGGAGAGAAGGCCCCCAAUGUGGUUUACAGAGGGAAGCUCCGCAACAAUCGCUUAGUCGCCAUUAAGCGCUUGUCUAAGCUGGCCUGGCCCGACCCUAGUCAGUUUGUAACAGAGGCUUCUGGCGUUGGGAAGCUGAGACACAACAGAUUGGUGAAUUUGAUUGGAUGUUGUGCUGAGGGAGACGAGCGGCUGUUAGUAGCGGAGUAUAUGCCUAAUGAUACUCUCUCCAAGCAUCUCUUUCACUGGGAGAAACAGCCACUGCCAUGGGAGAUGCGUGUGAGAGUUGCAUACUACAUUGCACAAGCACUUGAUCAUUGCAACACGGAAAACCGAAAAAUAUAUCAUGACUUGAAUGCAUACAGAGUCCUCUUUGACGAGGAUGGCGACCCACGGUUAUCUAGUUUUGGCCUUAUGAAGAAUAGUCGAGAUGGAAAAAGCUAUAGCACUAACUUGGCUUAUACUCCACCUGAGUUUCUGAGGACAGGUAGGGUCAUCCCGGAGAGUGUAAUAUACAGUUAUGGAACUGUUCUGCUUGACCUUCUGAGCGGAAAGCAUAUCCCUCCAAGCCAUGCUUUGGACUUGAUAAGGGGAAAAAAUUUGUUGCUAGUGAUGGAUUCAUCCUUAGAAGGGCAGUAUGCCAAUGAAGAUGCGACUGAAUUGGUUGAACUGGCCUCAACGUGUCUUCAAUAUGAGGCUAGAGAUCGACCUGAUGUCAAAUUUCUUCUUUCAGCGCUAGCACCCCUUCAAAAGGAGACAGAGGUUGCAUCAUACGCUUUAAUGGGUUUAACAAAAACUCCAGUAAUGCUUCCAACCAUGCUUUCUCCUCUUGGAAUGGCUUGUGCAAGGAUGAAUCUUACUGCUGUAUAUGAUAUUUUGCUCAAAACAGGCUAUAAAGAUGAGGAGGGCGCUGAAAAUGAACUGUCAUUCCAAGAGUGGACACAACAAGUGCAAGAUAUGUUGAAUGUAAAGAGGUUUGCAGAUAUUGCCUUUAGAGACAAGGAUUUUAAAAAUGCAGUUGAUUAUUAUUCAAAGUUCUUAUCAAUGAUGUCGGUGCCUCCUGGAACUGUCUUCGUGAGGCGAGCGCUAUGCUACUUGAUGAUUGGCCAACCAGAACUAGCUUUGAGAGAUGCUAUGCAAGCUCAGGUGUGCAUGCCUGAAUGGCCCACUGCCUUCUACAUGCAAGCUCUAGCCUUAUCCAAGCUUGGAAUGGAAACUGAUGCCCAGGACAUGCUUAAUGAUGGAGCCACCUUCGAUGCUAAGAAGCAAAACAGUUGGCGUGGUUAGGUGGUUGCGACAAAAAGGUAUGGUGGCAAACCCACAACCUCACUGAAAAUUUCUGCCCCUUCUCACACCGUCAUGCUUGUGAUGCUGCUAAAGCUUUUCCCAAGGAAGCAAAAGUUGAUUGUGUAUUUGGAGGGUUUUUCCAGUUGACACCCUCAUGAGCUAUUUAUUCCUCUAUUUGUCAAAGAUAGUUUGGGUUUCACACAGAAAUGUAUAAAGUAAACUCCUAACGGGCAAAACUCUCUGAUAGUAAAGAAGAAACUUAAAAUGUGUAAGUUGCUAUUAUUCAUUCCAAUUUACUAUUUCUCAGUUUUUGUACUCGGGAAUUUUGAUUAUUUGAAGCGCGGCUUUUUAGGAAA